AUGCUGCCCUCAACCAAGCGAAAAGCAGAGGAGGAUUUCAUCCUUACUCUCUCAGACAAUGAAGACGACCUCGCAGAAGUAGAAGAAGAACUCCCCGCCUCUCCGCCGCCGUCCUCCAAGAAGCGGAAACUCGAAGCUGCGGCAGCUGCAGGAUCGUCGUCGAAGAAAGCUAAGAAGGCGAAGAAAGCCAAAAAUCAAUCCAGCGCCAAUGAUUCAGAAGAGGAAGGCGAUCAGGGUGUCUGGGGUGCGAAAGAUGAGGAUGAUGGAGCGAUGGAUUCAGAUUUCGAGUUUCAGUUGGAGGAUGGUGGGGAGGGACUUGGUGCGAUGGAGGAGUUUGAGGGGUGGGGCUUUGAGAGUGCGAGGAAGGGGCUGGGAGUUGGUAUGAACAGGAGGGGAGGUGACAAGAAGGCGGUGGAUAUUGAUGAGAUUAUUGCGAGGAGGAGGGAGAAGAGGGGAGAGGGGAAGAUUGGUGAGGAUGCUGAUGUUAAGGUGGAGGGAGAGGCAGAUGCAGAUGCAGCGGUCGACGGUAGUGAUUCUGAAGGGGACUCCGCCGACGAGCUUGAUCUAGAGUUGGAUAGUGAUGCGCAAGACGAAUUCAUGGCGGAAGAUGGGUUUGGUAUGGGUGUUGGAUCCGACGAGGAAGAAUCUGGAGAUGAGAAGGAGGAAGACGGGUCUGCUGACGAGGAUGAUGAAGAUGAGGAGGAUAAUUCGGACGCAGACUCGGUUGCGAGUCCGGCUCCUCAUCCUGAUGAUAUGGAGUCGGACGGCUCAUCUGAUGAAGGAGAGAAGGAUGAAGAUCCAGAGGAGGCAGCUCGUCGAGAAGCGUUCUUUGCGCCAGAAGAGAAGCCUGCUAAGGGUGCGAAAGCUGCCACUUACUCUUCUUUCCAAGGCAUGUCUUUAUCCAGACCAAUUCUUCGAGGUCUUGCCGCUGUUGGAUUCUCUGCGCCAACACCUAUCCAAGCUAAGACUAUCCCUGUGGCCUUACUGGGCAAAGACGUCGUCGGUGGAGCUGUCACUGGUUCCGGAAAGACUGCAGCGUUCAUCGUUCCCGUUCUCGAACGUCUUCUGUACCGCCCCAAGAAAGUCCCAACCAGCAGAGUAGCCAUUCUCAUGCCCACUCGUGAAUUGGCUAUCCAGUGUCACGCCGUCGCUACGAAGCUCGCAAGUCACACCGAUAUCAAGUUCUGUCUAGCAGUCGGAGGUCUCAGUCUCAAAGUUCAAGAAGCAGAGUUGAGGCUUCGCCCAGAUGUCAUCAUCGCCACACCCGGUCGAUUCAUUGAUCACAUGCGCAAUUCAGCAAGCUUUACUGUCGAUACGCUUGAGAUUCUGGUUCUCGAUGAGGCUGAUCGUAUGCUGGAGGCUGGUUUCGCCGACGAGUUGAACGAGAUUCUGACGACUAUUCCGAAAUCGAGACAGACUAUGUUGUUCUCUGCUACUAUGACAUCUUCUGUCGAUAACCUGAUUCGUGUUGGUCUCAACAGACCCGUCAGGUUAUUAGUCGAUUCUCAGAAGCAGACUGUCACGACUUUGGUGCAGGAGUUCAUUCGUCUACGUCCUGGAAGGGAGACUAAGCGGAUGGGAUACCUACUGUAUCUUUGUGCAAAUGUUUAUACCGACAGGGUGAUUGUUUUCUUCCGUCAGAAGAAGGAGGCGCAUAGAGCCAGAGUUAUAUUUGGACUUUCUGGUCUCAAGGCUACUGAAUUGCACGGUAGCAUGAGCCAAGAACAGCGUAUCAGGAGUGUAGAAUCUUUUAGAGACGGGAAAGCAUCUUUCCUACUAGCCACCGAUCUAGCAUCCAGAGGUCUCGACAUUAAAGGCGUGGACACCGUCAUCAACUACGAAGCACCUCAAUCUCAUGAAAUCUAUCUCCACAGAGUCGGACGAACAGCUCGUGCUGGCCGCCAAGGCAGAGCCUGCACACUCGCUGCUGAACCCGAUCGCAAAGUCGUCAAAGCCGCUGUGAAGAGUGGUCGAUCUCAAGGAGCCAAGAUCGUCAGUCGAGUAAUCGAAGCUUCUGAGGCCGACGAAUGGGCUCAGAAGGUCGAGGAUAUGGCAGAUGAGAUCGACGAGAUCUUGAAAGAAGAGAAAGAGGAUAAGCAGCUCGCACAAGUGGAGAUGCAAGUCCGUAAGGGAGAAAACAUCAUGACGCACGAGGAAGAAAUCAAGGGCAGACCAAAACGUACGUGGUUUGAGAGCGAGCAGGACAAGAGGACGGCGAAGAAGGUUGGUCGGGAUGCACUCAAUGGCGUGGAGAGCAUUUUGAAAAAGAAGCCUGGGAAGUUGAGUAAUAAGGAUAAAAAGAAAUUGGAUGAUAGGGAAGCGAGGACUGAGGGGAAGGUCUGGAAGAAGGGAAGAGCGGAGAGGGAUGGAAAGGGAGCUCUUGCGCCUAUAAAGAAGGACGGUAAGGGCAAAAAGAAGGUAGCAGGUGGAAAGCCGCCUGCGAAAGGGGGUGCUAGGGGUGGGAAGUUUGGGAAGAAGCGGUAG